AUGUCAGGGAUUAAAUCUCCAUCGAUACGUUAUGAGGAUGGAAAAAUUGUUCCCGACGCGUGGGGUCUCGAUGCGCUAUUCUUUACCGAAUCCAGACUGCUACAGAGAGACGUUACUAUACUGUUGGAAUCCGUAUUUAAUCAAACUUUCGUCGGAAGCAUCCUCCACCCAAAUGGAAAUAUAGCUGAGUUGUUGCUGCGUCAUGGUCUUGCUCACUGUAUUGAUUGGAAUCUAAACUUAGUAAGCGUCCCAGGUGCUGCUGAAGCCUAUAAAAUAGCUGAAAGACUUGCGAAAGAAAAGCGACUUCGCGUGUUUGAAAACUACCAGCCCACACAAACAACGGAAGUACAUGCAGACAGUCUUCAAACAGUUGUUCCAGGGAAAAUAUUCAGUGGAAUUAUAUGUGAAGUCGGAAACGGUGAUAACGUCUCUAUCAAAUGUUCAGAUGGUGUCCAUAAAUUCUUUCUAUCCAGCAUAAGAGCUCCACGACCACAGACCAGCAGCAAGGAAGACGAUUCUUCUGUCCAACGUGGUCGUAUUCGUCCGCUUUACGACAUACCUUAUGUGUUUGAAGCUAGAGAGGUACUUCGCCAGUUCGUCGGAAAACAAGAUUAUGGACCAAAAGUGAAUUUCAAACGACAGAAGGUGCAGAUCGGAGGAUUUGAUGGUCUGCCAGCAUAUUCUAGGUUCCUCAUAACACGUUACAAUGAUUCGAUUAAAGAAAGCAAAUCUCUUCGCCCUGAAUUUCUCCCAGUGGAGUUAUGCAACCUGGAGUAUAAAUCAGAUCGUGGUGCUUGUAUUGUACCGCACUAUGAUGAUUCAUGGUUGUGGGGUGAUCGAUUGGUGACUGUCAAUUUGAGUGGUGCCACUUAUUUAACUUUCACAUUACCGACAGCUGACGUGGUGGAUGGCAUAAACCACGAAUUUCAACGUGUUCAAUCGUGUGUGCCAAAUGUUUCUCGGGGCUCAAAAGCCGUCUUUUGUCAAGCUUCACUAAGUAAAUUAUCCGAACAGAGCUAA